GGGAAAGUCAAUGUGGUUCUAGAAAUUCCAUAUAUGCCGGAUAUAUAUAUCCGCUUCGUUCUACACUUCUACAGUCAAUAUCCGGCAUACCCACCUGUCUGCAGCGCUGCGUCUGGCAUGUCCUGUCUGGCUUAUAACUGGACCUCCGACCCACGUGCACUCUAAAGUGCUUGUCCGUCGCUUCUCCGAUAAUCUUUUCAUCGCCAACGAACCCUCGAGUAUCCCGAUGCCACCUCGUUCAAGUACGGCCGGGAAGCCCGUCGCCUUCGCGCAUUUGCAACGUGGUGGGAAUGUUACGAGCUAUUGGCCCCAGGAGCGUCCAUAAUGGGGGUUCCUGGAGUUUCCUGCUGACGCCUGAGUCUGGUAAUAUGUAUAUAUAUAAUAUCAAGGGAAGUUAUUGCUAGCUGCUGAAUAUGACCCUAUCACUUUCCUUCUCCAUGCUGCAACUGGAAACAUGAUGAGCAUGGUGGGUUCUAUCGCUCUCCUCUCAGCUCUCCCUGUGCUCAUCAAAAGCACGCUGGCCAGCGUGGACUAUCCACCCCUGCCAGAGGACCUGACGACUCCCUACCAGCAGAGACUGGCGAUCUACGGCCCCAAUGCUGUCUCUGUGGGGUGGAAUACAUAUGGCACACUGGACCAGAGCUGCGUGAAAUACGGCACAGGGCCUGAAGCACUGAACUUGCAAGCCUGCUCAUCCCAGUCCAUGACCUACGGGACUUCACGGACGUUUUCUCAUACUGUCAUCUUGACUGACAUGAUCCCGGCCACUACCUACUACUACAAGAUCGUCUCGACGAACUCCAGCGUGGAAAAUUUCCUCAGUCCGCGUACUCCGGGAGACCAGACACCCUUCAAUCUCGAUGUUGUCAUUGACCUGGGAGUCUAUGGGGCUGAUGGCUUCACUCGUUCUGCGUCCAAGGCGAAGAGGGAGACGAUCCCGUGUAUUGAUCCAGAUUUGAACCACACCACAAUCGGGCGCCUGGCGGAGACAGUCAAUGACUACGAAUUUAUCAUCCAUCCGGGUGAUUUUGGGUACGCAGACGACUGGUAUCUGAAACCGAAGAACUUGUUAGACGGCAAGGACGCCUACCAGGCCAUUUUGGAGCAGUUCUACGACCAGCUCGCCCCCAUUGCGGGCAGUAAGGCCUACAUGGCUGGUCCCGGAAACCACGAAGCGGACUGCACCGAGAUUCCCUUCACGGCGGGACUGUGCCCAGAAGGACAGCGCAACUUCACCGAUUACAUGCAUCGCUUUGGCCAGACGAUGCCCACGGCUUUCCCCUCCCGCUCAUCCAACCAGACAGCACAGGCCCUUGCCAGCAAGGCACGCAGCCUAGCAAACCCGCCUUUCUGGUAUUCAUUCGAGUACGGCAUGGUUCAUAUCACGAUGAUCAACACCGAGACGGACUUCCCCUCUGCACCCGAUGGCCAGGGCGGGUCAGCCGACCUGGAAAGCGGCAACUUCGGCCGGCCCAAUCAGCAAGUUGACUUUGUCGAGGCCGACCUGGCCAGUGUCGACCGCACGGUGACACCCUGGGUUAUUGUUGCUGGACAUCGUCCAUGGUACACGACGGGAUCGGACGGUUGCAAACCCUGCCAGGCCGCCUUCGAGAACCUUCUCUACCGCUAUGGGGUUGAUCUCGGCGUCUUCGGUCACGAACAUAACUCACAACGCUUUCUUCCCGUCAUCAAUGGCACUGCUGACCCCAAGGGGAUGACAGACCCCCAGGCCCCCAUGUAUAUCGUCUCUGGAGGAGCGGGAAACAUUGAAGGUCUCAGCUCUGUGGGAAGUAAACCUUCGUAUACCCAAUUCGCCUACGCGGAUGACUAUAGUUACAGCACGCUCCGAGUGUUAGACCGGAAUCGUCUGCAGGUGGAUUUUAUCCGUUCCUCGACUGGGGAGAUCCUGGACUCGAGCACAUUGUAUAAGAGCCAUGACGUUCCAUUUGUGGUGCAAUAGGGGGUAGCCCGAAGCUAUAAAAGUAUGGAUAUUUUGAUCGGGUAAAGAGGAAGAUAAUAAUGAUAAUCAGAUAAUGCUGCUAGAUAGUUCAAGUUUCCGAUCAAAUCGCCCAACAGAAGUGGAGAAACAUCGAAGCAUACAUCCUCGAGGACAGAAAGUCAACAUGGAAUCACUUGCGGGUAUUGACAGCAGAGAUGUUAUUGUAGAGCAUAUCAAUGCUACUCUUAAAGAAGAAGAAAUCAAAAAAAGUCAUAAACAGGCG